AGAUCAUUUUUCUCUGAAAGCUCAGCUGCCAUGAUGCUGCCCAGCUGCAGCUGCCUGGAUCCCCAAAAGAAACUGGAGGUUUUCAUCUCCCCCUUCCUCAUAACGUAAAUGAAGAUUGCACUGAUGGAGUCUAUGCUGCACUCUGGCAAGAUCACAGCUGUGACAGCAUCAUUGUUACCACUCGGCCACCCUCACAAUCCUACCAAUCGGAGCCAUGCAAACAGUGAUGACAAGCCCAGAGUCCAGGAAUAGAGCCUGCAGCAUCACCACUCAUCUCCUGUGAUUUGGCCUCCUCCAGUUUGCCAUUGGUUGUGACAGGGGUUAGAGCUGGUGCACAGAAAGCCAAGCAGCUGAGGUUCCCUGAUGGUCAAGUGGCCCCCAAGGGAAUGUGCAAACAUGCUUCAUAAAGGCAGUUGCCUCCCUGUCUGAACUGAUACUGCCUGUGCAACCUCUCUGAUGACUCCUUGUCCUUUAGGGUGAAGACCUCUGGUGUCAGCGACUCCCCAUCUAGCAGGAAUUGGGUACGUUGGCAGGUUUCACUAGCUUUAAAAUGUGAAGGGAAGGGAAACAUUUGCACAUGUUCUGUGCAGCGGCAGAGGACUCAGCUGGGCUGUCGGGGUGACUCAGUGACGGGCUGGAGGACAGGCAGCGCUAGGUAGCUUGGGAACCUCUCCCCUACAUAUGACCAUGCUCCACAAUGGGUUAUUCAAGCUACACAGAAAUCUGACUUUCAAAGUGAGCUCGGAGUUUUAAAUCCCUGAAGCCCCAAGAAAGAAUUUUUUCAAGGGGUCCCAUUUCUAGAGGUGCUGUGUGCUCUGGGCCCGAUGCCACCAGGGCUGAGUGAGAAGAGACUCCACGGAAUAUCACUGACUAGUUCGCAAAUUGCCUCAGGUUUAUUUAAUCCUGGAAAUUUAAUCAGCAAAUGCAUUUUCAGCGAUUUUAUUCUCUGGCUUGAUUUUGAAGGCAGGAAUUCAGAGCUGCAUUUCUCUGGGGUAACAGGUCUGAUAGGGCAUAUUUUAAUAUUCUGACUGGCUGAGGGGUCUAGAAUCUCCUCAGAGCUACAGCGCUACCAGCAUCUCUGCCCCCUCUCUGGUCUCCGAAUGCCAGAUGUCAGACCUCGAACCCUGCCCUCUCCUAGGGUGGAAUCCUGCGACCCUCCCACCCUCAGACUGGGCCCUGGGCUACCGCACAAUGUGAAUCAACUGUGCUUGCCCAGGAGUUCGCACUGGGUUCAGCGCCUGUGGUUCUUCCCUUUGGGAGCCUCUGAGUAGUGGUGAGACGAGUGACCUGCCAGCCUUCUUGAACCAAAAUACUGUUUAAUCUGAACAGGAGGAAGAAAGCAACAUGGGAGAAUAAGAGGGUUUUCAAAGAACAAUCUGUACACAUCUCUGACCCCCAAACCCUCCCACUCUGAUGGGGACCCAGGCAGGCCGGGAGCUUUCAGAGUUCCCUAGUGGUGUCUGUGCAUGUCUGUCUGAAGAGCUUCCCAGCAACAGCUGCAAUCCACUUCCUGCAAACCCUCAUCGUGCCUGAAUAACAGGUGCUGGGGUUACUAUGUACUAGAGAGUGAGAGCUCAGGGAAUGAAUAUUUCAUAUACUGACCCCAAUGCCUGUUACCACUCAGGCUAUAGGCUACAGACUGACAGGACGGAACCUGAGGAGAACCAAUCAGCUAUUAACCCAGGGACAGAGGAGCUACUAGAUUUUUGUUUGCUGACAAGCCACUGAAUGAGAGGUGAGAUGCUGGGGUCUUUUCAGGUUCUGAAGGAAUCCAGAUGACAGACGCUACAUUUUAAGUCCCACUGUAACCUGAGAAAUAAUUUCUGAAAGAAGAUCAGAGGGGAAAGAAUGGGUUGACAUGUGUGUGCUAAUGUACACAUGUGUAAAUGUUAUGGCAAAGCUUUUCAUUGUAAUACAAUAUUACAAACCAACCUUUCGUGAUAUUGUUGUAUGUUGAAGGCCAGCAGCAGAGUUGUUGGAAUCUCUAAAGGAAGGAGCAGUGGUAACUUUACUGCUUAAUGGCUUUUGCUUCCGAAAGUAUAUCAGAAGUGCUCCACAUACUGUUUGCAAAGGGUUUAUGCUGUGAAAUCAUUUUCAGUGACUAGUUGUAUAUGUCUCCUGGUAACUGACCAGUAGCUGUUUCUAACACUUACAUUUAGAGUCAUGAGCACAAUCCCUCUGCAAUAUAUGUGCAAGAUUUCCCAAAAAUUCCUGAGAGAACAGAGCCGCUGGUCUAUGUUUCAGCAAAGAGUAGAGCUGAGGUGCAGGAAAGGGGAGUGUAAUAGCGAUUGUAUGUAACUUACACCCAUCACCUCUUACAGGAGCAUUGCUCAAGGAAUUUGCACACUCAACUGGAUAUGAGUGCAAACCUAGUGUUUUCACUAUUCACCCAUUUGUAAUACCGUCCCCUUCCACGCCCAGCUGAAGCAACUCUGUGUGUUAGCUUGUAACUUUCCAAAUAUCUAUAAAUGCCUGCAUGGGGAGAGGAUGCAGGUCCUGUGAGGAUGAAAAGAAGUCUGUAGGAUGAUCAGACUCGCUGGAUUCAGUCACCUUUGGCCAGGGAAACACUUCGGCUUCUCUUGGAGGUAUUCUUGGGGUCAGAGUAUAUCUCUGGGAACAUCUGGUAAGGGAAAGUAAAUAGAACCCAGUUCUGCCUGAAUUUACACAAGUAGAUCUGGAGUGACGCAGUUGAAGUCAGUAUUAUUGAAUUAAGAAAAUGGCAAUAAGAAUUUAUCUCAUGUACUGCAACGAGGCAGUGGCAUAAUUUUGAAGUGUCACGAGUGGAGAAAAUUAUAUGAAACACAUUUAUAAAUAUCUUCAAUCGAGGAUACACAGAUGCAAAGACCGUUUUCAACUGGCCAUCUGUUUAGAUUCAUGUCAUCAUAAAAUGGGCCAAACUCAGAAGUGGAGGGCCAGAAUGGGUGUCUGUGGGAAGGUCACAAUUGCAAAAUCACACAGUGCUGAAGGGGGCUGCGGAACUCCCAGCAACAAGAUAUCAAUGGGGCCAAGAGGUUAGUAGGACUCAAAGAGGGACUGGAUGUUUAUAUGGGUAACCAGAAAAUCCAAUUACAAUAGUGAGGAUUAUUUUAAAUAAAGCCUUGGAAUUGCUCUAAACUCUUCCUGAUUUACACCAUAAAAUAUGUCUAACUAGUGGGUGUCAGGGAGAAAUUUUCCCUGGGAGCAGGUUAUCUCAUGGGUGCCUAUUGUGGGGCUUCUUCCACCUUCCUCUGAAGCAUCUGGAACUGGCCACUGGAUACUGAGCUAGAUGAACUGCAGGUCUGAUCCAGUCUGGAAGUUCUUGUCUUCCUAUCAGUGGUAUAUAUCCAAUAUUAUGAUUUUGCUGAUCUUCCUUGAGCUCCUGGGAACCUCUAGACUUGCACGGAGAGCAGAAAGAUGUCUUGUUAAAUAUCAUGUAGUCUCCUGUUCUUUUUCCUUUCAGAAAGGAAAGUUCAAAACACCUUGGAGCUGCCCAGUACAUUAUGUCAGCAGUCAAUGACACCAAAUUCAACUCUGCAGUGUUCCUUCUCACUGGGAUACCUGGGCAGGAAGACGUCCAUCUCUGGAUCUCUGUCCCAUUCUGCCUAGUGUAUGUCAUUUCGAUAGUAGGCAAUUCAGUUAUUCUGUUCAUUAUAAAAACAGAUCAAACCCUCCAUGAGCCCAUGUUCAUUUUCCUUUCCAUGUUGGUCAUCACAGACCUUGGCUUAUCGAUAUCCACCAUACCAACAACACUGGGGAUAUUAUUAUUUAACUCUAGGGAGAUAAGCCUCGAUGCCUGUUUCUCCCAGCUCUUCUUCAUCGACUCUCUUUCAUAUAUUGAAUCCUCCGUUCUCUUCUUGAUGGCCUUUGACCGCUUCAUUGCGCUCUCUAACCCACUAAGAUAUGCUUCCAUCUUAACCCCACUGAGAAUAGCUAAAAUGGGACUGGUGGCUGUGCUAAGAUCAGUGGUCCUAAUAUUCCCACUCCCCUUUCUCCUGAAACGGUUCCGAUACUGUCGAGCCAAUGUCCUGUCCCAUUCCUACUGCCUGCACCAGGACGUCAUGAAGAUGGCUUGUUCUGAUAUCACAGUCAACAUCAUCUAUGGUUUGUCUAUUAAACUUUUAACAGUGGGGUUGGACUUAUUGCUCAUCUUUCUCUCCUAUGUGAUGAUCCUCAAAACUGUGCUGAGUGUCGCAUCCCACGCGGAGAGACUCAGGGCCCUGAACACCUGUGUAUCCCACCUGUGCGCCAUCGUGUUCUUCUACUUACCACAUAUCGGCUUGUCUGUGAUACACAGAUUCGGGAACAGCUCUUCUCACUUGCUUCAAAUUUUCCUGGGCUACAUCUACGUGCUGGUUCCUCCCCUGAUAAACCCAAUCGUGUACAGCGUGAAAAGCAAACACCUGCGAGCAAGGAUAAUCAGGGUGUUCUUUAAGUGAACAGUGAGUUCAUCACCCAACUCCAGCAGUGUUGACAGAGGCCGUGAAAAACACAUGCUCCAUAUUCCAUCCCAGACCCUGACAUGCAUGCUGGAAUGAGCUAAUGAUCUCCACUUUGAAAAGAGAGGUUCUGAUGGGAUCUAAGGCCUGGAGCAAUGUGGGAGGGGUUGGUGAGGGAGGCUAGAGCACUGGUGGAAGGAAGGCAGCAGCAUUUACAAAGUGACUGUGUGUGUGGAGAGCUGUGGGACCGGUGGUAUUUUGGCCCAUAAAGAGCUGUGUCAGUGGCUUCUCUAACCUCAGAAUUCCUGCCUGUAGAGUCAAUAAAGAGAAGGGAUGUAGAUGCUGUUUCCCGUUACACCUGGCCUGUCACUGUCCCGUCUCUGGUUAAACAUCCCUCCCUGAGCGCUCUGGGUGCUGCGUGAUCCAUUGGCGCUGCAGCAGCUGUGGACAGGGGCUAUUCAUGGGGCCCAGUCACCCAUCCUGCACACAACACUCCCACUGAGCUCACUCCCCUCUGUGUCAGAGCAGAGCUGUGUGUGUGUGAGGGUCUGACACACAGGAAUCCUGGCAAGAGACGCAAGCCCAGAUUCCCUCUUCCUCCCCACCAUUUAUCCUGCUCCAGGGGUGGAAACGGUGCUCAGCUCCCCCACACAGUCUCAGCUAUCUCCUAUCCCAGCCCAGUCCAUUCACUGUAUGGUGACCACCUAUUCAAAAGGCAAAAGCAGGACACAUGCAGGAGCCACGUCUCCUUUAUGACCCCACUCCAGGUGAACUAGAGCAGCUGUGAGGAGCUCUAGACCAUUCAUCGACCCUGGACAGGAGGCUAGGGGUCCUGAGAGAAGCCCCCAGCCUGUGUUCCCACCUCCCUGGAUGUUCAACCCAGGGAUGGUGCAGAGUCCGGGGCUCCCCACAGCAUCCUGGGCUUCUGGGGCAGCUCUUACUAUGGCCCGUCUCCAGCCUGGCCGGGGUGCAGAGGCUCAGGGGAAGUGGAGGAGCAGGGGGCAGGGCCUAGUGGGAAGAAAUGGGGCAGGAGGUGGGGGCUCAGGAGAAAAGGAGAAGCAGGGGGUGUGGAAAGCCUGAAUCAACACUGACCCCAGCAAUCAGGGUGAUGGGGGCUCCUGAGUAAAGGAGGAGGAUGGGACUGGAGGGUAGCAGAGCCUGUGUUUUGGAGAAGACUGAAUUAAUGUGACCCCACACAGGGGGAUCUUGUUUUAAGUAUCGCAGGCUGUCAGGGUUCCCUCCCCACUCUGAACUCUGGGGUACAGAUGUGGGGACCCACAUGAAAGACCCCCUAAAUUUAUAUUCCACCAGCUUAGGUUAACAACUUCCCCAAGGCACAAAUCCUUUCCUUGUCCUUAGAUGGUAUUGCUGCCACCCCUAAGUGAUUGAAACAAACACUCAGGGAGAGGCAACUUGGAGCCCUAUCCCCCCCAAAAUAUCUCCCUUUCACCCCCUUUCUUGAGGUGGGGGUGAGAAUAAUAUACCAACCGAUAGGUUGACAAAGUGAGCAUAGACCAAAUCUCUGUUUUUUAGGACAACUGAAAAUAAAAUAAAACAUGCACAUCUAAGCCUAAUACAGUAAUACAACUGAAUCCAGAUAAAAUUUCACCCUGAGAGAUGUUUCAAUAAGUUUCUUUCAC